UGAAGUUCUUUAUAAGCAUUGUAUUACCAUUUUUUAUUUGCUUCAAUUAGAUAAAACUUUAUCCUAGUCAUCCGUAUAUCCAUGAUUUGGAAAUUUGUGCUAGUCCUAGCAUGUCUAACUACACUAAUUUGUUCUACAAUGUGUUCGAGUAAGGGAGGAGAAAGUUAUGUUCACGAUGCAUGUAGUGUGACUCGAUAUCAGGACCUCUGCCUCCAUUCAUUAGCAUCAUUCUCGAGCACGGCCAAGGAUAACCCCAGCAGGUGGGCUCGGGCCGGGGUCUCGGUGACGAUAAGCCAAGCCAAGAAUGUCGCUCAAUCCUUGUUGAAAUUGAGGAAACACAAUUUCUUGAAAGGGAGAGGAAGAGUUGCUAUUUUAGAUUGUGUUGAAUGUUUGCAAGAUGCACUUGACAAUUUACAUAACUCACUAGGUGUGCUUAGAAAACUUGGCACCCAAACUUUUAAUGACCAAAUGGGAGAUGUGACCACUUGGCUAAGUACUGCUCUCACUGAUGAAGACACUUGCUUAGAUGGACUUGAAGACAAAAAGAGAAAACAGGUUAAGUUACUCUUAAACCAAGUCACAAAUGUGAGUUACAUGACUAGUAAUGCACUUGCUUUAGUCAACAAACUUGCAACAACUGGACCACAGUGCUUAGAAAAUUCAUAGUAGAAGAACUUCUAGGUUGUACUUUUAGUAUUAGUGACGGUGUACUGAUAAUGUAAAAAAAAACUUUACAUUGUCGGUGUAAGAUUUUCUUUUUAAAAUGUGAUUCAGGGUUUGCGUAAUAUAAAUAAUAUUAAGUAAAUCUUUACAUUGUUA